AUGGUCGACGUGGAGCUGCUCCAAUUCUGCAUGAACUACGGGAAAAUCAACAAUUACAUGGUGCUAAAGGGGAAGAAUCAGGCGUUCGUCGAGUUUGAGGACCAGAUGAGCUCCUCCUUGAUGUGCGAGACGUUGUCGGCGGUGCCGGUUCAGAUCCGCGGCCGUACGAUGUUUGCGCAGUACAGUACCCAUCAGGCCUUAAAGGUUGACAAUACGCCGAGGAAGCGCACGGAGACGUCGAGCAACGGAGAUGAUGUGAGU